UUGCAGCUACAUUUGGUGCAUGCACGUGAAGGCCUCACACUGCAGGAAGCCAUAAAAAGACCAGAUGGCCUAGCGGUCGUCGGCGUUUUUCUCCUUAUCGGACAUGAUGGAGGCCCAUUGAGCUCUAUUUCAUCUGCAUUGGAGAGUGUCAUAUAUCCCGGAAAUCAAACAACCGUGCAAGGUUUUCGGGCUCGUCCGCUUCUUCCAGCCCGCACUGAUGCGUUUUACCGUUAUGAUGGAAGUCUCACCACUCCCAAUUGCGAUGAAGCUGUCAUUUGGACCGUUAUGGCAGAACCGAUCAGCAUAACGAGAGCACAGAUGAAAAUACUCCGCCAAAUCUACUCAGCGGAUAACACUCGCCACCUGCUAAACUUCCGACCUGUUCAACCGUUGAAUGGAAGAAGGAUACUAUACAGGCCCGCUUCAUUUGACAAAGCCUUGCUGUGCGGCAGUGGUGGUACACAAGGAUUUUCCAUUAUGACCGGUUUAUUGCUCGGACCUCUUUACUAUAUGCUAUGA